AUGACAGUGGCCAAUGCAAAGUCUGGCUCAGCCAUGCAGCAGGUACUGGACAACCUUAAAGACUUGCCAUCAGGCACAGGAGCUAAAGAUAUUGACCUCAUCUUCCUCAGAGGCAUCAUGGAGAGCCGCAUUGUCCGCUCCCUUGCAAAGGCCCACGAGCGCCUCGAGGAAGUUCAGUUACAAGCUGUGCAGGACAAUAACAUUGAGCUGGUAGCUGAGAUCUUGGAUUCCCUCGACAAGCUGCCAGAAAAAGAUGCUGCUUCUGCUGAACUUGGCAGAAUCCUUCAGGAGCCUCACUUUAAGUCGUUGAUCGAGGCUCAUGACAAAGUGGCGGCAAAGUGCUACGAAAUGCCCCACACUCCUGUUAAUAGCAAUUCCAUGUUGCCGAGUUCACUCAUGCCUGCUGAUGCCGUGAGGAUGAUUGGCAUCCAGAAGAAAGCUGGGGAACCACUGGGUGUCACGUUCCGUGUGGUGCAGGGAGAGAUGGUGAUCACUCGGAUCCUGCAUGGCAGCUCCAUUGACAGGCAGGGGAUGCUGCACACGGGGGACAUCAUCUGCGAGGUGAACGGCCGCGAGGUCGGUAGCAACCCCCAUGAGCUCCAGGAACUGCUGAGAGCCUGCAGUGGAAGCGUCACACUCAAAGUCCUGCCGAGCUACAAAGACACACCGGCACCACCACAGGUUUAUCUGAAGCCACACUUCAACUAUAACCCAGCUACAGACAACCUGAUUCCCUGUAAGGAGGCAGGCCUGGCCUUCUCCAAAGGGGACAUUCUUCAUGUAGUCAACAAGGAGGACCCCAACUGGUGGCAGGCAUGCAAAGUUGUUGGUGGAGCUACUGGCCUCAUCCCGAGUCAGUUUCUGGAGGAGAAGAGGAAAGCUUUUGUGAGAAGAGACUGGGACGCUGUUGGCUCAGGGAAGCUUUGUGGCACCAUAACUGCAAAGAAGAAAAAGAAAAAAAUGAUGUACCUCACUUCUAAAAACGCAGAGUUUGACCGUUAUGAGCUGCAGAUCUAUGAAGAAGUAGCCAGGAUGCCACCUUUCCAGAGGAAAACACUGGUUCUGAUUGGAGCUCAGGGUGUUGGGAGGCGGAGCCUGAAGAACAGGCUAAUUGUCAUGAACCCUCUGAGAUAUGGAACCACUGUCCCCUUUACAUCACGCAGUCCCAGAGAAGAAGAGAAAGAUGGUCAGAAUUACUGCUUUGUGACGCGAGAAGCAAUGGAAAAAGACAUCAAGGAGAGCCGGUAUCUGGAGCACGGCGAGUAUGAUGGGAAUCUUUACGGAACCAAGAUCGACUCAAUCCACGAAGUGGUCGAAAUGGGGCGGACAUGCAUCCUGGAUGUCAACCCUCAGGCCCUGAAAGUGCUGAAAACUGCAGAGUUUAUGCCGUUUGUGGUGUUUAUUGCUGCUCCUGAGCUGGACACACUAAGAGACAUGCACAAAGCUGUGGUUGAUGCCGGCCUUACCACCAAACUGCUCACAGAGAACGAUUUAAAGAAGACGGUGGACGAAAGUGCCAGGAUCCGACGGGCGUACAGCCACUACUUUGACCUGACAAUUGUCAAUGACAAUCUGGACAAGGCCUUUGACAAGCUGCAGGACACUGUAGAGCGGUUAUUUGUGGAGCCGCAGUGGGUGCCAGUCAGCUGGGUCUACUGA